UCUUAUCCCUUUUUGGGUGUACACCCCUUCUAUUCCUCGAUUUUCUCUCCUUCAACUCUUUGUUUUAUUCGGAGGAGAAUCUGGCAGAAAGCCCAUUUCGGCUGCUUCAGAAAAAGUGACGGUGCUGAUGUUAGUGCACAUAAUUCACAAUAUCUGCACGUCAUCGUUCGCACGUGUGGACCUAAUCCAACAAUGGCUAAGUGGUGCUGGCACACAAUAUUGCUAGGUAAUUACUCUCUUUCUCUUCCACCUGGGCGCUCUACCAACCUACGCGAUGUUCAAACAUCGGUUCAAUCCUUGAACAUGCUUCGCAGCGUGACUCCAAAGAAAUAGACAACUCUUCAUGUCAGGAGUUUCGGACCGCAUCUAGCCGCGAUCGACGAUAAAUAAUGCUUCGGAAGAACAGGCCCAAGCGGACAGGGCUAAGAAAGAGCUCACGCUUGAUCAAGCUCUGUCGAGCUGAACUGCGGAAACGACGAUGAUCAGUAUUCGGGGAGGCUAUAGAAUCGGGAAUUUAUUCCCAACUUGUGUAACCCUGCCAUCAGCAUUCUGACCACCUAUCCUCGGAACUUUUAUAUCAGCCAUGAGAAUUAAUGCUAGCAAUGAGGCGUCCACAAACUACCCGUUCAAAUAUACGACAGCAUUACUCGAGGAGAACCGUAGAAUGCUCAACAUUGAGUCUUGCUUCGGAAAUACGGUGCACAUAUCAUAUCCGGAUGCGCAUGAGUUCCGUUCCCCUUGGGAGGCAUAACGACUGAUUUCAGAACAUUUCCCACAGCACAAAACUUUUCUCAGCCUCACUCGUUAGUCGCAAAAUAAAAUUAAGCUGCAGAACUUAUGUUCGUGGGGUUAAAGCAUUAUUCCUAUUUUCAUUGGUGCUCCAUCCGCCUCAGAACCAUGGAAUCCAUCUGAUCAUGUCCUACCAAAUCGGGAUAUUGGAUUAAUCAACGUACAGUUUGUGCCCAAGCCCACUUCAAUACAAGAAUCCGGGGUUUUCCUUAGGCACUAGCUUCGAAAGACGCCCAGCCAUUCGCGAUAUUGGCCUGCUUUAGGGUUAGUGAAACAAAUUUUGCAAGUUAUUCGAAGUUCUGGAGAUUUCAUACACGGCUGCGGGGAAAGGAAGACCUUCUUCUCAUGAGGUGCCGUUUCCAGACAUUUGGUCUCACAGACACAGCUAUUUACCGGAUUUGACCGAAGGCUAGCAUUGAAUCAUUUUUCUGUUCUGCAGGAGGAGUUGGUUGAUCCUAGUUAAAAAAAACCUCCGGGCUACGACACGCAAUGUUCUGCCACCUUUGGUGUUCGGACUUAAAAAAUCUACGCGUUUCAUGGUAUAGUCGCGAUGGAGGACACAAGAGAGCAUUCUAUUCCAUUACCACAUUUUAUGACUGUCCAUGUUUGCCUGAGACGAAUGGCGAUAAAACCUGAGAUGAUGCCUUCCCUCCUUGCAAGAGUCGGCAAGCCUUUGUAAUAAGUCGCUUUCUCAAGGAGAUCAUGCAACCUGGGGUAAAGCGAUUAGCUAGGGAAACAUUUCAUAGAUAUAUUCACCAAAAGAGUUCAAACCAGGACAAUAAGGGUGAACACUAACGUGCUUAAAUAUUGGACGAUUAUGAACGAUCCGCGGGCGCUAACAAAUCGUCACUGUUAAACCAGAAAUCAUCUAAGGACCACGCAAUGGCUAAUAAACACAAUUUUAUAAAUUCUAGUGUGCUAAAAUAUAAUUUAUUGCCUUCCGCCAAAUUCGGCAUUUGAAUGAAGAGAAAUCACUUUCCAGCGUAGCUGAGAGCCCGCCAUCCUAUCAUACUGUUAGGAACGCACCGGAAUCACUUAAGCCCAUCUAGAAAAUGUUGACUGCUUUC